AUGUAUAAUGCACUUUUCAUUUUCAUUUUGCACAACCAGUUCAGCAAUGGAAUCCCUCGAGACAUGUCAGUUGGGCAGUUCAUUCACGUGCUAAGUAGGAGGAGGCUGCAUCUUGCCGCUGGGAAAGCUCUUUUCAUGUUUGUUAAUAAUACUUUGCCUCAAACAGCUGCUAUCAUGGAUUCGCUACAUGGGUCAUACAAAGAUGAAGAUGGGUUUCUUAUUAUGUGCUACAGCAGUGAGAAAACAUUUGGAUGAAUUCAUCUCUCAGGCCUCAGUGUAUAUAAUCUCCUUGUAAUCAACAACCAUAAUGAGAUAACUGGAGCAAAUGUUCAUUGGCUUAUAAAAAUUAAAAGCUCUAUGACUCGG